AUGGACAACAAUGUGCUUUAUGUUACUACCGGUGGAGGAGUAGUUACUCCGAUCAAUGGACGCCAAGAGUGGGCGGUGACGCUAAUGCAACCUACUGACAAGACCCACUGUGGCGGACUACCAACUUUCCGUCCUAGCGGAAAGUACUGGCGCCGAUUGGCAAGUAAGGCCGGCUACAAUAAUAUGUUGACUCUUUGGUCCACUGCGCUCCUUGGGUUAUGGCUAGAUGUGCCCCGAGUUGGUGGGUGUAAAAGUAUUACCAAACCUCGCCAGCUUCUUUCCACUGCAAUAUCUGUAUUGUACCGUGUAAAGCCCGCUGCACCGUUACUGAACCUCUCGCCCACGGGUGCAACUUUCCUUCUUUCUUUAACUGGUUACGUCAGUAAUACUCGGCUACGCGCCGUGAAGUUAGCAUGUGGAGUUAAAAUCCGUCGGCAAUUUUAUUGGCCACUAAUUACUUGGCUCUGUGGGACCAAAGCUAAAAAAGCCCCGAAGUCUGAUGCUGUCGGAAUUAGCUCUUACCCGGUUUAUGCUCAAGCUCAUCUUCAGUCGCUUCACUACGGCCGCAAACAGCAAAAUGUACAUGCUGAACGAAUGUCCAUGUUGACUGACAAUACUCGGAUGUACGAGUGGAUUAGUAACGUAGAGGAAAGCAGCAGAACACGAAGAUGUAAAACUGUUAAUUGA